UUUGUGCAAGCCGCCAAAACCUAUGCAUAACUUUUAAGUGUUUUUGUGUAGUCACAUAAUUAACUGAGAGAUUUUUGAAGUCAAGAACGUGCGCAGUCACUCAAGCCAUAAAAUCCUUGCCUGGAAGCCAUGCUAAAAACAAUCAGCACACGAGCACGUGAACUCUUCCGCCUCGAGACACUCCCAGCAAGCAUGUAAACCAAUCAACAUCAGAAGUGAACAGUUUGACUCUUAACAGUCUUCCCUCUUCUCUAACUCUGCCGCUUGCUUUGCAUGCUGCCCCGUUAGUUAUGUAACUAUUUCCACUGUAUCUGGUGUGUUUUUGUUUUUGCUGGUGCUCGUCACUGGUCGAGGUGGUUCACUUUCUCAUGCUGCCGUGAGGAGCUGCUGCUGUUGCUGCUGCUGCUCUCCUGCCUGCCUCUGUACCAGCUAUGGCGGCCGUGUAUAGCGGAUCCCAUACCUUAAGCAAGAAUGAUGUGAAUUACAGGAUGCAUUUCCGAAUGAUAAACGAGCAGCAGGUCGAAGAUAUCACAAUCGAUUUUUUCUACAAGCCGCACACGAUAACGCUGCUGACAUGCACCGUGCUCAGUUUGAUGUACUUCGCGUUCACAAGAGAUGAUGGAAACCCUGACAAUAAUCUUUGGGUGGGGCUCAUUCUGGUCAUCUCCUUCUUCCUUAUCAUCAGUGUUUUGGCAUUUCCUAAUGGUCCAUUCACCAGACCACACCCAGCAAUAUGGCGAAUAGUCUUUGGUCUGAGUGUCCUCUACUUCCUGUUCCUGGUUUUCAUCAUUUUCCUCAACUGGCAGCAGGUGAAGCAGUUGAUGUAUUGGCUGGAUCCAAACCUGCGCUAUGCCAAAAGAGAGGCAGACAUAAUGGAAUACGCUGUGAACUGCCAUGUCAUCACCUGGGAGAGAAUCCUGAGCCAUUUUGACAUUUUUGCAUUCAGCCAUUUCUGGGGCUGGGGUAUGAAGGCACUUCUCAUUCGAAGUUAUGGACUGUGCUGGACCAUCAGUAUUACGUGGGAACUUACUGAGCUAUUCUUCAUGCACCUGCUGCCUAACUUUGCUGAAUGCUGGUGGGACCAAGUCAUUCUCGAUAUUCUGCUGUGUAAUGGAGGGGGAAUCUGGCUUGGCAUGACUGUCUGUCGCUUUUUGGAGAUGAGGACCUACCACUGGGCCAGUAUUAAGGACAUCCACACCACCACAGGGAAGAUCAAACGAGCCGUGUUGCAGUUCACCCCUGCAAGCUGGACCUAUGUACGCUGGCUUGACCCAAAGUCUUCUCUGCAGCGAGUGACAGGCGUCUACCUGUUCAUGAUCAUUUGGCAGCUUACUGAGUUGAACACAUUCUUCCUUAAGCACAUUUUCGUCUUUCCUGCAAGCCAUGCUCUUAGCUGGUGUCGAAUCCUGUUCAUCGGUAUCAUCACAGCUCCAACAGUAAGGCAGUAUUAUGCGUACCUAACAGACACACAGUGCAAGAGAGUUGGGACCCAGUGUUGGGUAUUUGGGGCAAUAGCCUUUCUGGAGGCUUUGGCAUGCAUUAAGUUUGGACAGGACUUGUUCUCAAAAACACAGAUCCUCUAUGUGAUCCUCUGGCUUUUGUGUUUGGCCUUCAUUACAUUCCUGUGCCUGUAUGGAAUGGUAUGGUACGCAGAAACAUAUGGUCCAAGGGAAAAGAGCCUCUCAGAAUGUGAAGACAGUAAUUUCGCAGAGUUUGCUGACCAUGUGUCUGAGGGAUUUAAAGGAGAAACUGAUGUAGACGGCGACAGCCCUAAAGCCAGACAGAGAAAGAAGGACACAGGAAAGACCAAAUCCAUCAACGGCCUCGACAGCCAGUAGGAGUUGGAGGCGGAGGCUGUUGGGUAACUCCUGUAACCCGAAGUGUGAAAGAUUACAGAUGGAGAAGAGGGUAAAGCUACGACCGCUUCCUGAUGUGACCGAAGCCUAGAAAGCCACCCACCUACAGUAGAUGGAGUGCAGACAGCAGAAGUGGAAAAACAGGUCCAUGCAGUGUUAUUAGGAGUGCACAGUGGCUCAUUCUACAGAGAUACACACGUUGGUGUGUGCUGUAGUCAUAAAAGCUCCUAAACCACUGAUCACUUUUUUUUUGUGUGUUUGCUUUUUGGAUGAAAGAGUGGGAGAAUUUUAUUUUGUGCGAGUGUGUGAGAGAAAGGUGUGGCAACAAAAACUGCCAUUUCUAAAUAUAAUUGCAUGAUCAUUGUAGCUAGUGAGCUAUAAUUCACAGUUAUCCUAUGAAAUAGUAUCAUUGAAGGCUAAUGUACAAUUGACUGGUUUAUACCAACUCUGGUAUCAAACCCAUUUCAAUGUUAAAAGCCAUUAUGUAGAAUUUAUCACUUAGUGGAGCGUCUAUGUUUAUAGCACAAAAGAAGCUAAAGCCUUUUUAUAUAAAUGUCUGUCACUGAUGAUCUAUUUACAUCAUAGAUGUUCACUAUUUUACGUUUUUUUAACUUGAAUGUGGGCAGGAGUUCAAUACCAGACAGCUUUAGCGUGGUAGGAUCACCGGCUUUGGUCUGCGUUUGGCCUGUAAUGAAGCAAAGCACACAGUUUAAGCACUUUGCAGAAAGUUUAUUGAAAAUACUGUACAUUAUGUAAUGUUCGAGUAUUUUGUGAAUCAUUGUGACCUUGAGUGAUUUUACUCUCCUUGUCCUCCUGUGGCUGCUAAUUUUUUUCUUUUCUUUUGUUUUUACUAAUAAGAGAACGUAAUUAUUCAAAUUACUGCAUGUAUUGUCAGGUUUUUCUGUCUGUGUCUGGUUUGGCCUUCUUGUUGCGUAUAUUGCAUUUGCAUGGCUGACUCCAAUCAAAUCAAGUGUUGUAGUAGGAAACCGUUAUAAGAGUCUUUGUAUUACACCACACAGCAGGAUGCCAGUAUUGUUAUGUACACCUUUUUCACUGUCGUGGUAACAUUUUAAUUCACCCCUUGUGCCUGUUUGCAUGUUUGUUUUGUUUUUUUAAUUCCUAUCUUCUUUCAGUUUCUAUUAAGACUGACUUGUUUUGUGUGUCUUUGAUUCUUCUGGCCUUGAGUAUUUUAUUUGAAGGUUAUAUUUCCAUUUCAUGUGUCAGUAUCAUCUCAGUACAGAUAUACUAUCCCUCAUAAUCCUUGACAAUCCAGACACUGACCUCUCUGGAACAGACCUGGCUCCCGUGCUACAUACAGUAGACACUAAAUAGGACCUCGUCUGUGGAUUUAGAUGUCAUUUGCCAAAAACAAUUCUGCUGAAAACGACCUGUGCUGUUCUUUUCCACUGUGAAACGUAUUAAAAGUGUUUUAAUUUCCUCUUAA